GUCCCCACCCAGCUGAACCCAAAGGCUGAAUCGUGAAGUUACCAAGGUAGUUGAUGACAUGAUGGAGAAGAAUGCAUACACCAUGGCCACCCUGGGCCUGGAGGCCAAGAAUGGCCUUCAACCAAAGCGGGAUUGUGGCUUCUAUAUGAAAUAUUUCUUCCUCUUCCUCUCCCUCAUCCAGUUCCUUAUCAUUUUGGGAUUGGUACUUUUCAUGAUCUACAGCAAUCCCCUGGAGGGCACCGAGAAACAUCUCCAGGGGCUGACGAACCAGCUGCAAGAGAGCGACAAGAAGAUCAAAGUCCUCAAUGAAGAGAUUGGCAAACUCAAGCGCCAGGUUAAUGCCACUGAGAGGGAUGCCCGCCUGUUACAGACUCAAAUGUUCAGGUUAAACACCACCUUGAGGCUUUGCAAUAAUGAAAAGACAAAGCUGAAGGAACAACAGCAGAGCAAUACAGCAGCUCUCAUAUCAGCAAAUGAUUGUAGAUUCAGCUUGCAGCUUUUGAAUAUCACUUGUGUUGCCCAGGUGAGCUCUCUGGAGAAGAAGCUGGUGGCCUUGGAGCUGAAGAGCCAGAUGGAGCGAGACAGCUUAAGUCGGGACAGCAAGUCUUGGCAAGACAAAGCCGAGAAGGCAGAAAGAGAGAAGAAUGAAUGCCAGCUAGCCAAACUCCAGCUGCAAACGCGGGAGCAGAAGUACCAGGAGCUGAAGUCUACAGUGAUGCAAGAGUUAGGACCUCUUCUUCAGAACCUGAGGACUUCAGCAGAGCAGUUUUUUACCUCCUAUGAGAUCCGUGGCUGUUACCGUCAUGAGAUUGAAACCACGUUCCGCUCUGUCUUCAGAAGUCUACAGACCCAGUUUGAUACUCAGGCACAGAAUCUCGACCAGAAGGUCAGCGAGGUGACUCAGGAGAACGCCUUGUUGCAAAGCCAGAAAGCUGCCUGUAAGCAAAACUUGCAGGAUCGGGAACAGCAGAUCAGCCUGCAACAGCAGCAGUUCGAGUGGCAGAAGCAGGCCCUCCAAGAAGCUCAAGAGUCUCAAACCCAGAAAAUAAGAGGCGAAUACAAGAAGAUGCUUGAGGAGAACGAAAGCUUGAAGCAGCAGCUCCAGCAGAGCAAGCAGGCCUGCAUCAACAUGAGGAUCAACACUUUAGCUCCAGGCAACACAGCUGUGAGGAACCCAUCAGGUCUGACACCUUUUAGUGCACCUAAUGCCUUUGGCUCCUAUCCAAGGAGUUUUGGGAACACGGGAAGUCUCGGGAAUCCUGGAGGAGCUGCAGCAAACCCUAAUCCCUUCAGCAAUCCAAGCCAAUGGGGGAGGCCAAGCUCACCUGCUCAGCCAAGUUCUGGGUCUCCGAGAAGUCUAAGCCCUGCUGAACAAAACAGAAUCCAUGAGAUCUUGAAGGCUGCUGCAGAGACUGGAAAGCUGUCAAAGCCGGCAAUGAACCCAGUGGGGCAGCCCAGAACCUAAAGGAAAUGAUGACAAAGGCCAUUAAGAAUCCAAGAACAGCUCCUGGGCAUAAGACUGAAGUGUUGAGUGGGGGAUCCAUGACUGGAAAACAUUCACCUCUGUGGAACAGACUUCAAGCAGAAAUAGAAAAGCGAAGCCCUAGAAGAGCUUUGGGGGCAGUGGGGCAGAUCCCAAGUUGGUCCUGCCCUCUUCUCUAACAUAACUGAUGUUUAAUUCUAGCUCAGUCUUGCAGACUGCUGUCUUUCACUGAUCCAACAUUGAUUUCCUGCAGUAGCUUUUGGUCCAUUCAAGUAUCUUAUUUUUUCAUCUUCAUCAGGUUGAGUGGUCCAUUGGUGAACCCUCCACAUCAGUCGUUCUAUCUCAGACUUCUUACUUGUAGAGUUAUUGUGAAGAUAGAAUGUAAUCCCUGUGACUUCAGCUAGGUGAGAUAUGAAUGCAACCCGUAAAUAUUUUCAGUGAUUUCACACAGCCACUACACUCUUUCAAAAUGAAAACAAAAAGGAUGGAAAUUAUAAAUGCACUCUUCAUGUAAAAGAAGAAUUAUUGUUCCUACAGUUUUGUAAGAUACUAUGGCACAUUUAUGUAUAUAGCUUUAUGUAGGCAUGCACACAUAUAUUGGAGAAGUUGUGUUUCUCUUGGUUAUUAGCUGGGACGGAGACUCCAUGUUUGCCACUGGCAUCUGAUUAUCCAGUGCUCAAGAACAAAGUCUUUCUCUGUGCUGUCCCACCAAGGUUAAUUACAAUGAUGUCAGAUAACAGAUUUGGAAAAGCUCUUUCUCUACCCUGAAACCCUAAAGAACUAAAUAGUACCAAGCAGGGUGGAUCUGUGGCCUAUCAGUGAGGGCAACUCUCUGUCUCUAUGACCCUGUUUUGGGAUUUCUGGAGGCAUCAAGGCUGGCCUGGUUAGAAACAGUUUGGAUAGGCCUUGGUUUGGUCAGUAAACCCAUCUAUGUUUGUUCCAUUAUAAUAACAAAUCCUUUUGUGAAGAAAAAAGUGCUAUUUACUAAAUAUAUUCCAUUCAAAUGAUUAAGAGGAAUAAUGUGGGCUAUGGAAGGUGCACGACUAAUAAACAUCAUAUGAAAAUCUA